UGCGGACAAUACAGUGAGGUGUGAGUGAGUGUUUGGCUUGAGUCUUCUUCUUUGAGAGAGUUUCCUCUUGGUGAGUGAAAGCUUGAGAGGUAAGAGAGAAAAGGCUAGAACUAGGUGAGUGGAGUGGCUAAACAAUCCUGGGUGGUGUGUGUGAGUUGUUUUGGUUAGAGACCUGAGCUGAAAUACACACCCAACAGCUAUGAACCAACUCAUUCUUAAUAAUCUGUUUUCAACCUUAACAGGAUAGACUUUUCCUCACGCCUAAAGCUAGAUUAAAUUUCGAACCCAAUACUUAUUUUAUGGGAAACAAAUUCCCACUUGUAUUUGUAUGCUUAGCUCUGUUCUAUAAAUCUGACCUGGACCUUUAGAUCCCUGCUAAGACUAGGGCAUGUUUGGGUCUGGAAAAUGCUUGUGAAAGGGAAAAAAGCUAAAGAAAGUGAUUUUCUUAUGAAAUGAUGACACCUGUAUUAGUGGUUCAUGGGGAAUUAGACACAGAGACUGGAGGUCCGAGUCACUUGAGUGCAAUGAUAAGACACUUCUAUCAUAAUGUAUAUUCUUCACUCAGUUUUGGGUUGCUAUAUGAUAGGAAAAAGGCUCUCCGGUACAGUGUGCGUGGGAAGAAAUCAUUUAGUGUUACCACUGAUUUGUGCCUUAAUUUUCAAAUCAAGGGGCGAUGUGAUGUUGAUCAAGAAUUUCAACAGAGAGAAUCAAGUGGGGCAGCGGAAUUUAUUUGGGAUGUUACAAACUUCAAUAAAGAUCAAGACCUGAGGAUCAAAGUCGGAUAUGAAGCCUUUGAAAAGGUCCCGUAUGUGCAGAUUAGGGAAAAUAAUUGGACGCUGAACGUAGAUCUUAAAGGGAGAUGGAAUGUGAGAUAUGGCUUAUGACUUUAUUAUUAUUAACAUAUUAUUACAAUGGGAUGCUAACAAUAUUCCCAGUUGCAGAAAAUCAUCCGCAGAUACUUGCGAGGCAUGUACAAUGAAUGUUGUCCUUAUUUUUAACUGUCUUUGGUCUUGUGCAUACCCUAUGUUAUCAGAGUUUGACAUAUCUGUUUUUUUACUGCAUGAAUUUUCUUUAAAACUUGUGAAAUAUCAUCAGCUAUUAUUGUUGUUGCA